CUUAUGUAAUGUUCAACAAAUUUAGAUUUAAAUCGAUUUAAACCAAUUUGAAUCAUAAUAAAAUUUUCAAAAAAUCGUUUCAUUUACGUAAACUGGUUAAACCAAGUCAUUUUGAUUCAAAUUGGCUUAAAUCGAUUUAAAUCUAAAUUCGUAAACUGGUUAUAAACCAAGUCAAAUUUGAUCGUAAUAACCAAUUAAACCGGAGUUAUAAUCUUAAACAAACAAACCAAAUGAACCGAACCAAGUUUUAAAAGCUCACGCUUACUCAUCAUCACUACCAAACUCUUUUUCCGACCAGACAUUUCGAAUCAGCAUAUAUCUCCGACAACACACUUACGGUGAUCUCUGUCUAAAAAAACAUUUUCUCUUCUCAUAAACAUCUCUACCAAAGAGUUACCAAAAAUGGAAGGAAGAUCUACCACCACCUCCGCCGCGGAGUCACCGGAGAUCCAAUCCCAUCCUCCGAACCCCCCAAAUCAGAUCUUCAUCCUCUCCGGACAAAGCAACAUGGCCGGACGCGGCGGCGUCAUCAAAGAUCACCACAACAACCGCUGGGUAUGGGACAAAAUCGUCCCUUCAGAAUGCGCACCGGACUCAUCCAUCCUCCGCCUGAAAGCAGAUCUCCGGUGGGAGGAAGCGCGUGAGCCUCUCCACGCCGACAUCGACACGGGAAAAGUGUGCGGUGUAGGUCCAGGGAUGGCGUUCGCAAACGCCGUGAAGAAACGGUCUAACUCAGAUUCCGACGUGAUCGGACUUGUUCCGUGCGCCGCCGGUGGAACGGCGAUAAAGGAGUGGGAGCGUGGGAGUCGUUUGUACGAGUCCAUGGUUAAGAGAGCGGAGGAGAGUAGGAGAUGUGGUGGAGAGAUUAAAGCGAUGCUUUGGUAUCAAGGAGAGAGUGACGUGUUGGACAUCCAUGACGCUGAGAGUUACGGGAGUAAUAUGACACGUUUGGUGAAGAACCUUCGUCAUGAUCUUAAUCUUCCUUCUCUUCCUAUUAUUCAGGUGGCGAUAGCAUCGGGAGGAGGAUAUAUAGAUAAGGUGAGGGAAGCACAGUUGGGUCUGAAACUUUCUAAUGUGGUUUGUGUUGAUGCUAAAGGUUUGCAGUUAAAGCCUGAUAAUCUUCACUUAACUACUGAGGCUCAAGUUCAGCUUGGUCUUUCUUUAGCACAAGCUUACCUUUCCAACUUCUGCUAGACUAUCGAGUUCUUCCGUGUUGAAGAAGUGAGGUGCAGUUUGAGUGAUGGUACUGAUGUACGGACUAUAUAACUCUUUCACCUAUAGAGCACAGAUUAUUAUUCUCCAUUGUCACGUUGAAACAAUCUGCUUCUCUUUGUAAAAUAUUUUGAAUAAACUGUGUUCCAUAUGAACAAUCCUUUUGUUGUUGUUUCUAUUGUAUCUUUGUUUCGACCUAAAUAUGAUAAUACAACUGAAAUCGGUUUUUAUUUUUGUAAAGAAUUGUCUAUUUAAGG